CCUCACUUAUCAUUCGAAUACUGUAAUUUUUAAUCAGUGCAAUAUCAAUGUAAUCUUGUAUCAGUUAAUAACGCAUUGUUGCACAUACAGAGACGACCAUGGCGAAACCGGGCGAGAAGGCGAUACUGUACGCGUUCUGGGCAUCCUCGUGCUCGUGGCGCGUCCGCGCGGCGCUGGUGGCCAAGCGGCUGGCCUUCGAGGAGCGGCCCAUCGACAUCGUGAAGAAGAAACACCACAAGACUGAGAGCUACCGCGCCAUCUGCCCGUCACAGAAGGUGCCGGCCCUUGUCAUUGAUGGUGAGACGCUAGUAGAAUCCAUGGCCAUUCUUCAGUACUUGGAGGAGACCCGGCCGCAGCCGAGCCUGUCACCUGCUACUCCACUGCUCAGAGCCCGGAUGAGGGAGAUUGUCGAGACAAUAGUUGCCGGCAUUCAGCCGCUGCAAAACGUCGGUCUGCGCGGUUCGUUCGAGCAUGAGGAGGAAUACACGAAGUUUGUCCGAUCCUGGACUGUGCGCGGGCUGGAAACGCUGGAAGACCUGCUGUCGAGAACUGCGCGGGACCGCAUGUACUGCGUCGGUGAUCAGCUCUCUUACGCCGAUCUUUGUCUCGUGCCGCAAGUCUUCAACGCCGUCUCUAGGCACAAAAUAAACAUCAACACAUUUCCGACGGUCUCGAAGCUGUACGAAGCUCUUCUCAAAGACAACGUCUUUGCGGCCACGCACCCCGAAAAAGUAAAGGGCGGAACCCAGUAAAACCGAUGCACUCUUUGCAUUUACAUAAUUAUGUACAUGACGAAAUUCUUAUGUAUAAAAAAGUUAAAUUUGGUAAGGUCAAUACGGGUAAGUGUGCCAUAAGGAGAAGUGUGUUUGGCCCGCACAUUUGAGCUUAGCUGUUUAAACUAAUGAUCAGUGUAUAUCGGAACUUAUAAACAUGUACCUAAGUAGUAACUUUUAAAAAAGGGUCAAUGUGGUCAUAUAUUAGCUAACUUUUAAGUUUUGCCUUAGUUUCUUAUAUAAGGUCAGUGUGGAGAAGACCGUCUACCCGGAAAGACCGUCUAUUGACAAUAACUUUUGUGUU